CGAUGAGGUCGGUUUUGCGCUAACGAUUUAUUACGACAUCCAGCGGGAUAGUGCCCUCUAAAGCUCUACUUGCCCGGAACGACCAUAUUAUUUUUUAUUAGUAGACUUUUCUACCUCUGAUAUUUAUUUCAGUGCAUAGGUUCCUGCAUAGGUACUCUCUUUCUCCGUACCUUUGUCCUUUACUGCCCUGAAGCAUGCGACUCUCUGUAUCUUCUCCCUCCGUACGCGACGUUUCUCGGCUUUGUGUCCGGUGUCAACUCCGAGCUCGCCGAGCUUCAACUCUUGUACCAUUGCAUCGACCAGCUGUCUCAACGCCGCCUACACGACAUCAUUUAGCUCUCGCAGGGGCGUUUCGGGGCCCAGCUGCGAACAGAGACCAUACCCGCGGUGUAUCUAGUGCCGCGCAGCCCGAGCAAGAACCGGCCUCGUCCAGUGCAUCAUCGUCGACACACUAUGACUUGUUCCCCGAGACGCUUCCCGAUGGCCCUCCUCCAGCAGGACACUUUCCUAUCGACACUCGCGCUUUGCGCCGUGAGUUUCUCCGCCUUCAAGCUCGGGCUCAUCCGGACAUGCAUCCUGCUCAGGACAAAGCUCGUGCCGAGGCCAUGUCAGCACGCAUAAAUGAGGCUUAUAAGACGCUUUCUAACCCUCUUCUUCGAGCACAAUAUCUACUCUCUCUUCGAGGCGUCGACGUCGCCAACGAUGAGACCCUCAAGGUAGAAGAGCCAGAACUAUUAAUGCUUGUGCUUGAGGCACGCGAGGAGAUUGAGGAUGUCGAACACGAAGAGGAUCUGGACGAACCUCGUGCCGCGAACGAUGCACGGAUUGCGGAGAGCGAACAGGUGCUCGAGCGCGCGUUUCAGCAUGAUGAUAUCGAGGCUGCGAAACAUGAGGCUGUGCGUCUGCGCUAUUGGGUCAAUAUCAAGGAAAGUUUGGAUAACUGGGAGAGGGGCCGUCAUGUUGUGCUACAGCAUUAAAUAGACAGAAACGAAAAAGUCGUGGUGGUAUUGCUUGAGUACCACCCAGCUUCUUGAUAUGAUAAAAUAAAUAUGUGACCAGACUUGUCCGAU